AUGGACCAGGAUGAGCAAGGAAGCGAAACCGGUGGGUACACCGGCCUGGGUUGCUGGACGGACACUGCUGACCGCGCCAUUCCGAUUCUAGAGGGGACAGAUCCACUCCUAGAUGGUUGGAACUACCAGGAACGGGACAACGCUAUUGAGAAGUGUUACCGGGUAGCACGCUCUCGUGGUUUCCCCGUGUUUGCUGUACAGCACGGCGGAGCGUGUUUCGGGUCGGCUGACGGGCUCAACACCUACAACAAGUACGGCCCUUCCACUGACUGUGCAGCGGACGGUGAAGAUCUCAAGUCGUGGCGCGAUGAUUUUCGCUGCGGACAGGACUACCCCGCAGAAGACGGCCACCCUGCCCUGUGCGACCCUUACAGUGCGACCCCGUGCUGCUCAAACGGUGGCUGGUGCGGCAGCACCUUAGACCACUGUAACUGCCUUGGUUGUGUCGACUACAGGAACACACUCCCAGACUACGUCCGUUUCAACGGAGUUUGCUACAAGAGCUUUACGGCACAAAAGACGCGGGACGAGGCUAGCGAGGCGUGUGCGGCCGACGGAGGGAUGUUAGCCAUGCCUAAGGACACUGAGACCAACGCCUUUCUCGCCUGUCUACAGCCGGCAACAGGUGACCGCUGGCUUGGGCUGACUGACCCCAACGGUGACGCUGUAUGGCUGUCACGGGACCCGUCAUGGGCUGUGGACUCCCACGGCACACCACUUGUCAGCAACGGAGUCAGAUAUGAUGCCGCAAAAGCCUUGGAUGGGGACACUAGGACCUACUGGGACCCUAGUGGCGGCCAAUGGUACAACAACUGGUACAUCGUAUUUGACCUCACAGUGCCGCACACUCUGUCCGGCAUCGCAAUCGACAACUACGGAGACAGCACCCAUGACAUUCAAGCCUUCACGUUGCAAAAGUCACUUGGGAGUUCGUACAACUGGCUGGACGUCGUUUCGGUCAUCAAUGUCCAAGAACUGACCAGUGAGCACCAGGUGUUCGGCGGGUUCCAGGGAACAGCGCGGUACUGGAAGUUCGUGGUCACUUGGACCCACUCGGGCUGGCAGCCAUGGCUCCGAGAACUGUACCUCUACGGAAUGGCACCAGUGUGCUUGAGAAUUCCUGCUGAUUUCCAACUCGAAAGCAGACUCACGAUGUUACCCAAUCCGCUGGGCCAGAGGACUUUCAACGAGAUCCAGAAUUCCUCUGUCAUGGCGCUGCUAAACACGUCCUACAGCGUCCCGGGGAAACACCAUCCAGAGCUACGGGAAUUCGUGUCUACCGUCAUUUUCCCGCGAUGCGUUUUCCCGGAAGAGGACAUGUCCAACUGUUAUCCAAAAACCACGACCUCGUGCGGUUGCAGACAGCUUCUGCCGUGCCGUUCUUUGUGUGAGGAAGUGUUCAGUGUGAGUGAUGACCUGAUGAGGGAACUGCUGCCUUCUUGUGAUGUGUUCCCCUCAUCACAGCACGGCUGUUGGAACACUGACACAGUGGUGAAAGGCGGACAAGUUUGUUACCACAGCACUGGUAUUAAUUACCGUGGAACAUGGAGUACAGCGACUUCUGGGGCAAAAUGUCUGAAGUGGACAGCUCUACACGCUGUUUACUACACGGAGAAGUACCCCUGGGCUAACCUGGACAGCAACUACUGCCGCAACCCGACCGGACUCCAGCGGCCAUUCUGUCUGACUGGAGACGGUAGCCAGGAGGAAUGUGACGUCAUUCCGUGCAAUUUUGUUGGCUGUUGGGACAGAGGUCCUCCAAACUACGGCAAGAGAACUCCCAGUAAGAUGUUCUACUUCUUAGAAGAAAAGGUGACCUACACGUGUAACGACGGCUACACGCCCGAGUACGGUUCCCCGAGAGAAGCGACUUGCCUGGCAGGGGACAAUGGAGGAGUCUGGGAGUAUGACACGCCCGUUUGCUUAGUAAACCAUCAACGACGACUGCAAAAGUUUCUACUAGCCGCAGAUCUCUACAGUGCAAGUUUGGCACCUGAAAAUGUCAUCAUCAACUUCACGGGAGCUGUGCAACAGAUCGUUGACUUGGACGAAAAGAAGGAGCAGCUUCUCGCUUCUGUGGUCAUCCAUUUUGUAAGUUUGCACAGCCAUUGUAACUUUACCCUGUCUCUCACUGCCAGGUCUUGGUACGACAGGCGGCUAAAGUGGAGCCCGAGGUAUUACAAUGGUACCGAAACGCUCAGUGUUCCUGGGAACAAUUUUUGGACACCGGCAUUUACUCUACAGAGGAACGCCAAUCCGCUCCACCAAGGCCUACCAAAGGACGUCCCGGUCCGUGUGAGCAGCAGCGGACGAGUGGAGUGGACAGUGGAAACCCUGACCACCACCGUCUGUGAUGCUGACCCCUUCUUCUUCCCCGCAGACACCAUGGAUUGCCAGAUCUGUUUUUCCUCAACCUCGGCAAUUGAGCAAACCAUACAAUGCCCUGGGGGGAGUUUUCCAUCAGAUACACAUGAGGAAAGCCAUCCUUGUGACUCCUACACCCCCGCCAAACCGGACGGAGAAUGGUACCGGAGGGAUAUGAUCUUCGCAAAAGACAAGAAGGAGGCUUGCUUUUCUGUCCAACUGUCGAGAAUCCCCACGUUCCACAUCGCCACCACUGUUGGACCCUGCAUCAUCCUAAUUGUGCUGAUGACCAUCACCUUCAUCAUGCCCAUAGACCAGGGAGACCGGAUCUCCUUCGGAGUGACCAUUCAGCUCUCUAUGGUCGUGUCUCUCGUGUUUGUUACAGAGGUUCUUCCUGUCAAGGGGGCUCUGCCAUUUCUCGCCACGCUCAUCAUCGUGUGCAUGGGCCUGAUGGGGCUCUUCCUCUUCAUCACUGUGGCCGUCAUCUUCAUUUACAACAAGGAGGGGUGUCUGUCUCCGAGGGCGAGGGUUAUAUUUCUCCGCUACCUUGCAAGGGCACUGCUUCUUGGAGAUCUAACAAAGUCGAAGGAGAAGCAAACCAGCAAUGGUACCGGUGAGCCCAACCUCCCUGCCAUAGAGAUGACCAACACCGCCUUUAGUGACGAUGACGUGCCGGCAGACGAUGGAGCAAGCGUGGCUGUAAUGUCGUUCAGUGGAGUCACCGGGAUGACAGGACCGUCAGCAAACCCUCCUACAGCCCCCGAGUCUCCAGGCUUUCUUCACUUGAUCUCCAGUGUGCGCGAGCUGACCAAGGUGGUAAAGAAAGGAGACGAGGAGCUGACUAAGGCUGUAAAGAACGGGACGGAGAGGCUGACGAGUGAGUUGGUGGAUGUAAAGAACAAUCUGACAGAGGUAAAGACGGAGAUGGAGGAGCUAACCAAUGCAGUGAAGAGCGAGGUGGGGGUUUCCGAUUACACCCUGCUGGGGAGGGUCCUGGACAGGCUGUGCCUUGUGGUAUACGUCAUCAGUGUCGUGGCAGCCAUCCCGAUGACAAUGUAUUUGAGCAGAAUACUGCUGUUGGGCGAUCUAACAGAAAAGAAGCAGCCCCGUGAUGAAGAGGCCGAACUGACGGACUUCCCAGCCACAGAGCUGAUCAACUGCGCCUUUCUAUGCGAUGGCAAGGUGGACGUCAGCGACGAAAGACCCUGUGAUGACAAUGAGACAACCGGGCAGCCAUCAACGCCUCUCUCAAGUCUGAUGCCCACCCGUUCCACCGCCCUCCUUCAGCUUAUUCCUAAUCUUAAAGGGGUAAAGGAGCUCGCAAAGGCUAUUGAUAAGAAGAGAGAGGUGCUUAAGAAGGUUAUGAUGAAUGAAGAGGAGGUGUCCGAGUACAUCCUGUUGGCUAAAGUCCUGGACAGGGUUUUACUUGUUCUGUACAUCAUCAGCAUCGCGGCAGCCGUUCCUAUAACUAUGUAUUUAGGCAAGUAA